ACAUUUUUAUUCUCAAAGACUUCAACUUACAUAAUGAUGAAUGAUACUUUUAGGUACAUUAUGGCAACUCUCCUCUUGUUUAUAUUAAUGCGAAAAGUCGACCUCGUACCUCCAAGCAUGAAGGAUUUGCAAAUUUUCAGGUUUCUUAAAAAUGGUGGUCUGCUCUUGGCCCGAGUUAUAGCAGUAACAUUCUGUGUGACCUUAUCAGCCUCAUUAGCAGCGCGGUUAGGUCCGAUUCCAAUGGCCGCAUUCCAAACUUGCCUCCAAGUUUGGAUGACAUCUUCCCUUCUCGCUGACGGUUUAGCUGUUGCAAUACAGGCAAUUCUAGCAUGUUCAUUUGCUGAGAAAGACUACGUUAAAGUGACUACUGCUGCAACAAGAACGCUACAAAUGAGUUUCGUUUUAGGAGUUGGACUUUCUCUGUUAGUCGGAGGUGGAUUAUACUUCGGAGCCGGAGUAUUUUCCAAAGACGUCGCAGUUAUUCACCUAAUCAGACUAGGCCUCCCGUUUGUUGCUGCUACGCAACCGAUCAAUUCGUUAGCCUUUGUCUUCGAUGGUGUGAACUAUGGAGCUUCUGAUUUUGCUUACUCUGCAUAUUCCUUGGUCUUGGUCUCAUUAGCAAGUGUUACUUCUUUAUUCUUUCUCUACAAGACUAAGGGUUUCAUCGGUAUCUGGAUCGCAUUAACCAUCUAUAUGAGUCUUCGCAUGUUCGCUGGUGUAUGGAGGAUGGGAACGGGAACAGGACCUUGGCGUUUUCUGAGAGGCCAUUCGUUGUCUUGAUGAUACAUCUUCCGAAAAUAAAUUUCAUUGUGUAGCAUUACGUUUUACAUUAAGGAUCAUAUGUCAGUAUUUUAGGAUAACAAGACUAGUCUCUACUAUAGCGAUGGUCUUGGAAUGCUCCAUUUUUACGUGCAAGUGCUAUAUCUAGUAUCGUCAAUGUUGCCAAUUGCAGAUUGCGGAAAAUAGUGGUUUGUUCAAACUCCGCGACACUUCAAUGCUAUAACCGCUAUUUAACAAAACUUUGUAAUAAGUAGUUCAAAUUACGUUGCGCUAUAGCGUUGUAGUGUUGCUAUGGCCACUAUUUGACAGCAAUGAGCAUUGUUAUAUCAUGUUUUUUUCUCUCUUUCUCUUGAUGUAUGUAUCAUCAAUGUAAUUUUGUUGUUGUAUUUUGAAGAUUACUCUUCCAGCUGUUAGUAUGUAAACUUGAAUGCAUAAUGAAAAAUAAAUUGCUUUACAGUUCA